GAAUCUUCGGCUUGGUGGACCUCUACAUUGUCAUGUCGAGAGAUCGAUUCAGCAGUGGUUGGUCAUUGCGCGUCAUGGCGCAUGGUUGGGACAACCUGUUGAAAGAGGUAGAGGGCCUGCAUGAGUUCAUAGAAGCGCAGAAAGCUGUUUGUGAGAAGAGUCAAAUCCAGGCCAUGCUAGAGUCUCAUGCAAGUCAGAUUUCGAGGAGGACUUUGCAGUGUUCAGCUGAAGGGGCAAAAGCCUUCACAGCGCUGGUGUCCAAAGGACCAUGGUCAGAUGCCCAGAAGGCUUCGCUAGGAAGUUGGUGCGGAGAGCAGCUGUUGAACAGCAGUCCAGGCUCCCGUACCAAAGCGCGAAGGGAGACUCAGACCGUGGCAUCCUUCGCACAUUACUUCAGUGAGAAAGACUGCGCGACUUUGGGGGACAAGGAGACCACACUUUCCACCAAGCUGGAAUGUAUCGCUGUUCGCAUGGUGAAAAUCGGAUUGCACCUCCCCCAUGAAAGCAGUUGGCGAGUGGUGCUUCAGGCAGCGCAAGUCGCCGGGCUUGAUGUGGGAGAUGCGAAGUCUCAGGUGAACGUAUUGAAAGACCUGAAACGUUUAGUGCACAAGAAGCCAGCGAUCAUCCAAACUCAUUUGGUGACCUUUCCACCAAAGCCUUCUGACCUGGAAUGGUAUGGUUCUGCAUAUGCCGACAGCCCGCCAAAAGCUUUAGAUGAACAGGAAUGCAUGAUGCAGAACAUGACUUUGCGCAAAAGCAAGGCUGAGGUGAAAAGUGAUAACCCCAAGGCACAUACCCUCCAUGUGCCUCCAGCUGGACACAUCGCACAGCAGAAUGUGGACAUGAACAUGAUGAUGAUGGGCAUGUGGAGCAUGUUCAAUCAAUUCGCUGGCCGAAAUCCAGAUGCAAGUGGCUCUGCUGAAGCCUUCGCUGGCAUGGGCCUAAGGCCCGGAAAGCGGCAGAAGGCGCUGUGUGAUGUGCCUACAGCUGCUGCUGCUGAUGCUCCGGCUCCAUUGGCGCUCCAAGAUGGCAAUGUCAUUGAGCAAAACGAGAGCCCAUCACCUCCAGCAGCUUCAGUGAAACCUCCUGCAGUGGCACCUUCAGUCAAACCUCCAGAGCCAGAGCCGAGCCCCUCAGCAGGAUCCAUGGCAAAGCCUGCUGAGCAUGCAGUCUUGUUAGAAUUGCCUGGUGUAGGUGAUGGCAGGGGGGAUGCAGAUGCUAAGAUGAUGAAGAGACCUGCUUCGAAGCAUACGGUGUCAGCCUCCAAAGCCAAAGCUGCCUCCAAGGCUACGCCCAAGGCGAAGCCUUCAGCAAAACAGGCUGCAGGGAAAGCUGCAAUUAAGAAGGACAAGACCAUAGUGAAAUGUUCCAAAGGUUGGACGCUUGAAAUUCGCCACCGUGCGUCCGGCCAGAAUGACAAACACUAUGAAGCGCCAGACGGUAGCAAGUUCAGGAUCUUAUCGCAGGCCCAGGCCUAUGGCUUUCCGGGUGAGCCUUCUUCAUAG